AUGGCUAAUUUACCUAGAUCUCGAGUCACCGAAUCAGCGGCAUUUUCCCACGUGGGUGUAGACUACUUUGGACCGCUCUUUAUUAAAGAACGUAAAUUCAGAAACAGAACAAAAAUUAAAGUCUAUGGAUGCGUCUUUGUUUGCAUGGCUACUAAAGCUAUACAUUUAGAAAUUGCUAGCGAUUUAACGACAGAAGGUUUUCUCGGGGCAUUUGGUCGUUUCAUUGGUCGACGAGGAGUUCCAACUCACGUCUAUUCGGACAAUGGUACUAAUUUUGUAGGCGCAAAUAAUCAAUUGAGAGAAUUGUAUGUGUUAUUUAAUUCAGAAUCCCAUCAAAAUUCCGUUAACGAAUAUGCUGUACGCAAAAACAUUAUCUGGACGUUCAAUCCUCCACUAUCUCCUCAUUUUGGUGGUAUUUGGGAAGCAGCGGUAAAAUCCUUCAAACACCACUUUAAACGAGUGGUAAAAGACCAACUUCUCACUUUCGAAGAAUUGAAUUCUCUAACCAUCCAAAUAGAAUCUAUACUAAAUUCUCGUCCUCUCUGUUCUCUAUCUAGUGAUCCUAAUGAUCCUAUUGCUUUGACGCCUGCUCAUAUUUUAAUAGGACGUCCUCUCACAAUGCUGCCUGAAAAUGAUUUUUCUGAUGUUCCAGAUAACAGACUCAAUGUUUGGCAAUUCAUUAUCAAGGCUAGACAAGACUUUUGGAGACGUUGGUAUUUGGAAUACCUCCAUGAACUUCAAAUUCGGCAAAAAUGGCAUUCCUCUCAAGGAGAAAUUUCAAUCAAUCAAGUCGUCUUAUUGAUGGAUAAAACCAACCAUGUAUGCGGUGGCAGCUGGGAGUGGUGGUCGACAUUCAUCCAGGAGAUGAUGAUGUGA